CGGGAAGCGGGAACGGCAAGAUGGCGGCGCGAGCGGCAUUUGGGCCCCUGGGACGGCGUCUCUGGCAGGGUUCGAGGAAUUUUUCUGUAUGCAGUUCCAGAAGCAGUACAGCCAAAAAUGGUGGCCUUCUUCUCAGCACCAAUAUGAAGUGGGUACAGUUUUCAAACCUACACGUUGAUGUUCCCAAGGAUUUGACCAAGCCUACGAUAACCGUUUCUGAUGAAGUAGACACGUUAUAUAAGCGCCUAUCAGUUUUAGUAAAAGGCCAUGAUAAGGCUGUAUUGGACAGUUACGAAUAUUUUGCGGUGCUUGCUGCUAAAGAACUUGGUAUCUCUGUUAAAGUACAUGAACCUCCAAGGAAAAUAGAGCGAUUUACUCUUCUCAAAUCAGUGCAUAUUUUCAAGAAGCACAGGGUUCAGUAUGAAAUGAGAACACUUUACAGAUGUUUAGAGUUAGAACAUCUCACUGGGAGUACAGCGGAUGUCUACUUGGAAUAUAUUCAGCGAAACUUACCUGAAGGAGUUGCCAUGGAAGUUACAAAGACAAAAUUAGAACAGUUACCAGAACACAUCAAGAAGCCAAUCUGGGAAACAAUACCAGAGGAAGAAGAAAGCAAGUCAUAAAGUCUCAGAGUGACCACUUGUGCUGGGAUGUGAAGUGAGCAUGUCAAGUGGAGGGAGUCUCCAGGGAAGACAGUUUCAAGUCACCCUGACUGCUCUCCUGAGGCCGCAUGGCCUGAUCAGUAGAAAGCAGGGAUUGGAAGUUUACGAUACACCAGACUAUUGUGCAGGAACCACUUUAUCUAUUCUUUUAUACAUGUCAUUGUUUCAGUUCGGAUUUUAACAAAUGUGAGCAAACCAUUUGGACCACUCUGUACCAAAACAGUCAAAUUCAUAUUUUGUUAUUCCACUGUUGUUCAAUUAUUAGUUUGUACUGAUUGUGAUUUGUAUCAUUUCAUUCAUCUAAAAGUGAGUGUUUCAAAUAUUCCUCACACACAUUGCUUUCUUUUGAGGGACCUAGAAGGAAACUUUGGUUAAUUUAACACUGAGCAGUUAAAGGUUUUGAUAUUUACCUUAGUGCAGGCUGGCAUAUGCUAGUUUGGGGGUGGUGACCUCCAAGUUUUACCUCAUGUAAGCAUUACAUUCUUGAAAAUUGAUAUACUUUAUAGCAGAUCAAGCACAUUUGUGGCAUGCGCUGAACUCUUCUGUAGCCCGAACCCUUUCAGGGCUGCCUAGAAGGGUCACUAUAAUGGAAUUUGAGCUCUCAAGAAAUUACUGUAUCGUUUCAUUCAUCCUGUAAUUCAUUUAUUCAAUAAGCUUUUCUUUUGUUGACUUUGCACCCAGCACUAUAGUAAAUACCAAAAAUUGAAUAGCAAUAACAGCUUUCAAAAAUUGUGCAAGGCACAAAUAAAUACUUUUCCUUAUUAAGUUCCAUGCUGAUAAGACCUCUUUCUUUUGGUGAAUAGCACUCUUUUUGUUUGGGGAUGUCUAAUUUUCCAUAAAAUUAAAUAGUAGUUAAAGCUCUGAAAGAGGCAAGAUGACAGUGGGCUGAGGCUGUUGGUGUAUCAACCCCAAGGGAGUGAUACGUUUCCUUUUUACAGCAGAAUCCGGCCCAUGUCUUUUGUGGUUUCCUUCACAUCUUUGGGGUAGUUACGACUUCUCAGUUUUCCACCCUUAAACUGGAGUCCCUGUUCUCUUUUCCCGACCUGCUAUCAGGUAUGAGUGUUCUGAAUGCGCACUGCUCAUGUAUCAGACUUACAUUACUGUCAUUAACAUGAAAAAAAUUACAGCCUUGUGCCCCAUGACCUCAUUCUUUUUGCAGCUCAGUUGUCGACUGUGUCAUUCACAAAUGCCUAAAGCAUGUUUAUCCCAGGUAUAAGCCUCAGGAUUAAGAACUAGUCAGUAAAACAAGAGCAGUAUAAUAGUAACUGUAUCUAGCAAAGCAGCCAUUGUGACUCAUUUUCAUUUUGAAAGAAAUAAUUCUUUAAAAAUAAAUGUAGACCCACAUCUAAUCCUUUUUUGUGCUUUUUUUACAGACAGUAUCAAUCACUUUAUUAUAAUAGGAUGACUUCUGCAUACUCGCCUCCAGUGGCUCUCUUAUAUAGGUGUACAUCCACUUCCAGCUGUUUUCAGACUAAAGUAGCCUCUAAACCAGAUUAUUUAGCACUUCAAAUUAUAUAUUAAAAUCUUGUUUUAAGAUAAAUACCGAGAUAAACUACACACACAACAAAAAUUAAUGGUAUUUCCUUGACAUAAGUACUUGGCAUAUUUGAAGCCCACUUGAUAUAAACUAGGUAAUUUCUUUAUUCUGAUAGACUGAGAAGGGUCUUUUUGUUUGUUUUUAAUUGGGUCUUCUGAGUAAAAUGUAUGUUCUGAAAAUUAGAAUUAAUGCCCAAGUCUCAACUUUCUGUUCAUGGUGGUGACGGGAGGUAGUGAGAAAAGUAGACCUGAUUUCGGGAUGGACCAGAAGGCAGGUAGGAAGUGAGACGGUUUUUUAUUGAGGUGAAGCCCUGAGUUCAUUGUUAUUUUCUCUGAUCUGAAGUAUAGUUUCUUUUCAUAUUAAAUAAAAUAGUGUUAAGGUCUGUUUUAAAUUAUUGGUAGACUCUACAGAUUAAACUCGUUCAGUGCCUAGUUUUGAUGCUUUCAAAGAGAAUUACUUAUCUGUCCUUUGGCCACUUAGAUAUGCCACAGUAAAUACAUAAAGCAAUUAUUUUAAAUCAGUCUAUUUUUGUAACAUUUCUGUUUGUCAGCUACCCUUCCUCCUUUCUUACACUAUUAAAUUAGCUUUACUGCAACAUUCAUGAGUAGCCGAGUAGAGGAAACAGGCCUGAGUCAGAUAAGAGUUCAAACCCACUAACUGCUAUAAACUUAGGCAAGGUGUUUAACCCUCUCAGAGCCUCAGUUUACUCAUUAGUAAAAUGUAGGCAAUAAAACUUAUGAAGGUUGGAGUAUUGAAUUAGGUAACUUGUAAAGCACCUCGCACAGUACCAGGCAGAUAAUAGACAUUCAAUAAAUACUAGCUAUGUGAAUGAAGAAUAUUGCCUGCCAUAUCAGUGAACAAAGGAUGUUGCAGCCAUCAAGCCAUCACAUUACAGCCACCCUGACGGUGCACCCUGAGGAGACUCAGGAUGAGAAGCACAGGAUACUGCCCCCAGAUAGCUGAGGUGCAUAUCAAAGGAAUGAUUUCAGUGAGCCCAGACUUGCAUCUCCCCAUACUUAGAAAAGUGCAGAAUUCCUUAACUCGAGACGCCUGGUUUUCUUUAAUUGUAAUCUUUUGAUGUUCCGAAUACCUGGUCUUUAUUGCAAAAACCUCUGUAUAUCCUGGCUCUCCCCCUUGCCUCUUCGGAGCAGUCUCUCAGAGUUAUCUGAGGUGCUGUGUCCCGAGCUUAAGUCCUCAGUUUUGUCCGCUAAAUAAAACAU